AUGCUGACACUGAAAGACGGCCAGCUGUGGCAAGCGACCAACACUCAUUUGCUGGUCAUAUAUGGUGACGAGUCGCUGGCCGAAGAGGACGCAUUCGCGCAGCUGUGCUCGCUCUAUCUACCGCACAUCACCCAAACAGACAAGGUAACUACUGGCCUGCUCGUAACCAGUCAAAACGGGAUGCAAUAA